AUGGAUGAGAAGUCCACGCUUCCAUUCAUUGCUUUUGAGGACCUUCAGGAUAAUGUGGAAUUUGAAGAGGGAGAGUAUUAUUUUUCUGAAAAUGAUGUUGAAGAGCAUACACCCAAAAUGGAUGAAGCUACUCCACAACCGCUAGCUAUUUGUGCAGAUGGUGCUACUACUCCUAUGGCUAAUCAGUUGGCUAUUAAGGCAAAGGACUCGCUUGAGAAAAAGAAGAUGAAAGUGUCAAGUGGCAAGGGCAAGAAAGGGCGAAAAUACUACUCCCCGAGGAAGGGUAAAUGGAGGGGUUUGAAUGACCCUUUCAAGCAUUCAGAAGUGCAACAACUUAUUCGAAAGGAAAGAUUGUCACUUUGUGGUUUGGUGGAAACUAAAGUUAAAGAGAGAAAUAAAGAAAAGGAGGUGGAUGUGGUUCUUAUAAAUUCAUCCGACCAAGUGAUGCAUGUGCAUGUUAGGGAUCUUGCUAAGAAUUCCUCUUUCAUUGUCUCGAUUGUGUAUGGUGAUAAUUGCCCUAUUAAGCGGAGUGAAUUGUGGGCUGAUUUAGUUUCUCACAGUGUGGGAUGGGAAUCUUCUCCAUGGGUGCUCAUGGGGGACUUCAAUGCUAUAAAGUCACAAGAGGAGAUGGACAAGGCUCCUAUUAUGAAGAAGCUAGACCGGGUCCUUGCCAAUUUGAGAUGGGAGUGUGACUUUUCAGGCUCUAAAGCUUACUUUCCUCCCUCCGGUGUUUUGGAUCAUUCUCCAAUGGUGGUAACACUUGCUGCCUUACCUUCGCGAAAAACACCAUUUAAAUUCUUUGAUCUUUGGGCUGAGCAUCCGCAAUUUCUAUCCGUGGUAGCUAAAGCAUGGGCUAUAGAUGUAAAAGGAAGUCCGAUGUAUCAACUAUGCCAUAAAUUGAAGUAUUUGAAAGGGGAGUUGAAAAAGUUCAAUAUGGAGUUCUUUGCAAAUUUACCUCGGCGAGUGGUGCGAGCUGAAGAGGCUUUGGAGGAGAGUCGUAGCAAGAUCACAUCUAUUUCUACUGAUGAUGGGGCUCGGGUGGAGACUCCGGGUGAGGUCAAUGACACCAUUGUGCAGUUCUUUCAGAAUCUUCUAGGUUCUCAUACGGUUGCGGGUGUUGAUGAGGACAUGCUUCAGCGAGUCCUUCCAAAGCGGCUCACUGAGAUUCAGAGGGAGGAUUUAGAUCGAUCUAUUUCAGAUGACGAAAUAAGGAUGGUGAUGUUCUCUUUGAAGGACAACAAGGCUCCCGGUCCGGAUGGUUUUAGUGCUGGCUUCUUUAAGAAGGCUUGGAAAAUAGUUGGGGCAGAUGUUCAAAACCCUACCAAGGUAAAGGACUUUAGACCAAUUUCUUGUUGUAACACUGUUUACAAGUGUAUUGCAAAGCUCAUAGCAAAUAGGGUGAAGGUGGUACUUUCGAGAUUGGUGGGACCCUUUCAAACGGCCUUUGUUGCGAGUCGACGUAUUAGUGAUAAUAUUAUCCUCUGCCAAGAGUUAAUGCGGAACUAUCAUCGCUCAGGUGGCUCUUCGAGAUGUGCUCUUAAGGUGGAUCUAAUGAAGGCAUAUGACUCCGUUCAGUGGAAUUUUUUACUGGCUGUAUUACGUGUUAUGGGGUUUUCGGAUAGAGUUGUUAGAUGGAUUGCGGAGUGUAUCUCCACUACUCGCUUCUCCAUCUCUAUUAAUGGCGAACUUCAUGGAUUCUUCCCUGGGGGUCGGGGCUUGCGGCAAGGGGAUCCUAUGUCACCUUAUCUUUUUGUCCUAGCCAUAGAGGUCUUUUCGAGUCUGAUGGCUAAUAUGGUAAGGGACAGUGGUUUCAAGUACAAUUGGCAUUGUGAAAAGGAAAAGAUCUCUCACUUGUGCUUUGCAGAUGAUCUUAUGAUUUUCUGUAAAGCGGAUUUGGCUUCUGUGUCUUUGAUCGGUGGUUGUCUUCAGCAAUUUCGAGACAUCUCUGGGCUUAUACCAAAUCCAGAUAAGAGCAGCAUGUUCAUUUGUGGAGUGCCUUCCGAGCUUCGAAUGCAGCUUUUGGAUAUCCUCGGGUAUAAUGAAGGAGCGCUUCCAAUUAGGUAUCUUGGUGUGCCACUUAUAAUGACUAAGUUAAAGGCUACCGAUUGUAAGAAUGCCAAGGUUGAGGCUAUUAUUGACCGCCAGGAGUGGCACUGGCCUAUCUGUCGCUCCCCUGCAUGGCUUGAGCUCAUUAGUAGUACUCCUACUUCAUUCCGACCAGAUAGCAGAAGGCCGGAUGUCUUGCAGUGGAUUGAUGCUCCGAAGGGUUCCUUCUCUGUUCGUGGUGUUUGGGAGUCGUUGCGCCUGCGUCAUAGUAAAGUGGACUGGUGGAAGCUUGUUUGGCAUAGCCAAGCUAUUCCAAGGAUGUCCUUUAUUCUUUGGUUAGCCAUCCAGGAUGCCUUGUAUACUCAAGCUAAGCUUAUACGCUUUGGCAUUAUUCAGGUCGCCCAAUGA